AUUCCGAACGUGGCAAGGAGCUCGCGGCGAGGUCUGGGCGACAUGGCGAGCCUCCUGCGUAUCGCUGUCAGCGGCUGCUCGGCUCCUAUUUUUGGCAAUGUGUUACCACCUAAGGUGUAUUCUGCAAAGACGCCGUGCUUGCGGGUGUUUAGAACCUACCGGACGCUCACGUCCCAGGCAGCUCCAAAGCCAGGAAUUCCUUAUAAACAGCUGACUGUAGGUGUCCCCAAGGAGAUAUUUGAGAAUGAGAAAAGAGUGGCUCUAUCACCGGCUGGAGUUCAAGCCUUGAUUAAACAAGGCUUCAAUGCUGUGGUGGAAUCUGGUGCUGGAGAAGCUUCCAAAUUUUCUGAUGACCAUUACAGAGAAGUUGGAGCAAAGAUCCAGGGGACCAAGGAAGUCCUGGCUUCUGAUUUGAUUGUCAAAGUGAGGGCUCCUAUGUAUAACUCGGCUCUAGGUGUACAUGAGGCAGAUCUUUUUAAGACAGCGGCUACCCUGAUUAGUUUUAUCUACCCAGCACAAAAUCCAGACCUCCUGAAAAAGCUUGCAGAAAAAAAAACUACUGUCUUGGCUAUGGAUCAGGUUCCACGGGUCACCAUUGCUCAGGGAUACGAUGCACUUAGCUCCAUGGCCAACAUUGCUGGUUACAAGGCCGUGGUACUGGCAGCAAAUCACUUUGGUCGAUUUUUCACGGGUCAGAUUACAGCUGCUGGUAAAGUUCCUCCAGCAAAGGUCUUGAUCAUCGGAGGAGGAGUUGCUGGUCUGGCUUCUGCAGGAGCAGCGAAAUCAAUGGGUGCAGUGGUUCGUGGAUUUGAUACUAGCAUCCUGUAUGCUUUUGUCUUGGUGUACAAGAAUUCUCUUGGUGCUGAGCCUUUGGAAGUAGACUUAAAGGAAUCUGGAGAGGGACAAGGUGGUUAUGCUAAAGAAAUGUCCAAAGAAUUUAUUGAGGCUGAAAUGAAACUCUUUGCCAAACAGUGCCAAGAUGUUGAUAUUAUCAUCACUACAGCACUUAUUCCAGGCAAAAAAGCUCCUGUCUUGUUUAAAAAAGAUAUGAUUGAAUCAAUGAAGGAAGGUUCAGUUGUUGUGGAUUUAGCUGCAGAAGCAGGAGGAAACAUUGAGACUACAAAGCCUGGAGAAAUGUAUGUUCAUAAGGGUGUUACACACAUUGGCUACACAGACCUGCCUAGCAGAAUGGCUACUCAGGCCAGUAGUCUGUAUUCCAAUAAUAUUAUCAAGCUCCUAAAGGCUAUUAGUCCUGACAAAGAGAACUUCUACUUUGAUCCAAAAGAUGAAUUUGAUUAUGGGACUCUGGAUCAUGUGAUUAGAGGAACUGUAGUAAUGAAGGAUGGCAAGGUGAUUUUCCCAGCACCUCCACCAAAUAACAUUCCUCAAGGAGCCCCUGUGAAGCAGAAGACUGUAGCAGAGCUGGAAGCGGAAAAAGCAGCUACUAUUACACCUUUUAGAAAAACUAUGACUAGUGCAUCUGUAUAUACAGCAGGUUUAUCCGGCAUGUUAGGACUGGGCAUUGUAGCUCCUAAUACUGCUUUCACGCAAAUGGUAACGACAUUUGGCCUAGCUGGAAUAGUGGGGUACCAUACAGUAUGGGGUGUGACUCCUGCGCUUCACUCUCCGCUCAUGUCAGUGACUAAUGCUAUCUCAGGACUGACUGCAGUUGGUGGGCUGGUAUUGAUGGGAGGAAACUAUCUCCCUGAAAACACUCCUCAAAGUUUAGCAGUGCUUUCAGCCUUUAUCUCUUCAGUCAAUAUUGCAGGUGGGUUUCUAGUUACACAGAGAAUGCUGGAUAUGUUCAAACGUCCCACAGAUCCUCCCGAGUACAACUACUUGUAUCUGCUUCCCGGUGGUGUAUUUGUAGGAGGCUACGCAGCUGCUCUCAGCGGUGGUUAUAAUAUUGAACAGAUGAUGUAUCUGGGCUCAGGCUUGUGCUGUGUUGGUGCGCUGGCUGGUCUGUCCACCCAAGGAACAGCUCGUCUUGGAAAUGCUCUGGGUAUGAUUGGUGUUGCAGGAGGUUUAGCAGCAACUCUUGGAGGCCUUAAACCCUCACCUGAAUUGUUGGCACAGAUGUCGGGUGCAAUGGCACUUGGUGGUACUAUAGGUUUGACGAUUGCAAAACGGAUCCAGAUCACGGAUCUGCCUCAGCUAGUGGCUGCUUUCCAUAGCUUGGUUGGUUUGGCUGCCGUGCUCACCUGUGUAGCAGAAUACAUGAUUGAGUAUCCUCACUUUGCUACUGAUCCAGCUGCAAACCUCACCAAAAUUGUGGCGUACCUUGGCACGUACAUUGGUGGAGUGACCUUCAGUGGCUCUCUUGUUGCUUAUGGAAAACUGCAAGGUAUCCUGAAUUCUGCACCACUGCUCUUGCCUGGUCGACAUGCAUUGAAUGCAGGAUUGCUGGCUGCCAGCGUUGGUGGAAUGGUUCCGUACAUGAUUGAUCCUAGUUACACGAUGGGGAUUACUUGCUUAGGUUCUGUGUCAGCGCUCUCAGCCAUAAUGGGUGUCACUUUAACGGCUGCCAUUGGAGGUGCUGACAUGCCUGUAGUUAUUACUGUCCUGAACAGUUAUUCUGGAUGGGCCAUUGGCUCCUCUGGGGCCAUCCUCUCUUACAUCAUGUGUGUGGCUAUGAACCGUUCCCUUGCAAAUGUGAUCCUAGGGGGAUAUGGCACCACAUCAACAGCUGGUGGGAAGCCCAUGGAAAUUACUGGGACCCACACAGAAAUCAAUGUGGACAAUGCAAUCGAAAUGAUAAAGGAAGCCAAUAAUAUUAUUAUUACUCCAGGUUAUGGUUUGUGUGCAGCAAAAGCUCAGUACCCCAUAGCUGAUCUGGUGAAGAUGUUGAGAGAACAAGGGAAAAAUGUCAGGUUUGGUAUUCACCCUGUGGCUGGCCGUAUGCCUGGUCAGCUGAAUGUCCUCCUAGCAGAAGCUGGUGUUCCCUAUGAUAUUGUACUGGAAAUGGAUGAGAUCAACGAAGACUUCCCAGAAACUGAUUUGGUCCUUGUGAUUGGUGCAAAUGAUACAGUUAAUUCAGCAGCUCAGGAAGAUCCAAACUCUAUCAUAGCUGGAAUGCCAGUUCUUGAGGUCUGGAAGUCCAAACAGGUCAUUGUAAUGAAGAGAUCUUUAGGAGUCGGUUAUGCAGCGGUGGACAAUCCAAUCUUCUACAAACCCAAUACUGCCAUGUUGCUGGGAGAUGCUAAGAAGACUUGUGAUGCCCUGCAGGCCAAAGUCAGGGAAUCGUAUCAAAGCUAAAUAUACUGGUUUAUAUUCCACUCAUGAUUGUGACUACAGUUUUGUCACAGAGGUCAUGGAAAACAAGAGUUAGAAGAAUCUCUUAAUCAUUAUGCAGCCAGCAUUUGGAGAAGACUGCAUUGACUCCUAGGAGAUGUAGCUGAGUUGGGGAAUGUAGGCUUUUAUGAAAGGGUGGGCACAUUAGCCCUUCAAGCUAAGUCUCCCAUGAGACAAUGCAUUAAAGAAUAAAAAUGUGCAUUUUAAGAUUAACGUUGAGCUGUUAGAAGGAAGAACUGAUGACUCAUGGUCAUCUUUAAGUAGUUAUUGGCUUCUUCCUCCUAACUGUCUAUACUUCUGUUGUGGAAAUUCACUAAAAAAUACUGUGCCAAAAUUUUACUCUGUCUUAUCUUCAAAGCUGUUCUUUGGCCAGUAUGGACAAAACAACAGUUCAUUUCAUCAGAACUUAAAUCAGAAUUACAAACAGAUGCAAGCAAAUCCAAAUAGAUGCUUACAUGAUCUGAGAUUC